UUGUCUGCAAGAAAAACCAUGUGGAACCCCGGAAACAUCCCAGUUCCCCAGGUCUUCAUCGAUGUCCUUCUAGAUGAGGAGGAAGCCGAAGAAGCGGUCAUCAAUGAAGAGGUUGGGGAACAAGGUGACUGUGAUGUAUCUAGCAUGCCAAUUUACUAUAUGCGGUCCGAUGGGUCAUGGGGGGACCUGUCGGAGUUGGUGGUAGAGCCUGCGGAGGUGUCUGGGUCACCUGCUCCGGCUCCGGCUGCAGCUCCAGUGGCUGCUCCGGAGGCUGUACCAGGCCCCGCACCCCGCAGAGUGGAAGGGUCACUUGCUCCGGCUCCGGCUGCAGCUCCAGUGGCUGCUCCGGAGGCUUUACCAGGCCCCGCACCCCGCAGAGUGGAAGAUUUACCUGCUCUAGAGGGUGCUCCAGGCCCCGCACCCCGCUUCAUGGUGGAGGUGUUGGACACGGCGGCGGCACGUCAGCGGCGAGGGACCGCGUCUGUACGCGGGUGGACGUGGCCGUGGCCGUGA